CAAUGAGGAGAAUCGGAAGUGGAUGCGCGAGAACGUCCCUGAAGACAGCCGGCCAGCGAGCGGGAACCCCCUGCCACCCCGGCUCUUCAACGACAGCCGGUACCUCGGGGACUACGAAGCUUUCUUUGAAGCUCGAGAGAACAAUGCGGUGUAUGCGUUUUUAGGCUUGACUGCGCCACCUGGUUCAAAGGAAGCCGAAGCACUGGCAAAGCAGCAAGCAUGAAUUUCAACUGCCUUAAAUGUUCUGUAAAGGGAAUUUCCACAGCUUUUUAUAAAAUAGUACAAUUGUCUCCGCUUCAAGAAACGUAGAUGUGAUUUCUAACAUUUGAUUGGUGCUUGCAGCAUUCACCGUACAUAACACAGAUUUCAACACGAGAUGGAAAUGUGAACAUAGGGAGCACGGAGUGUGUUAUUACAAAGGUGGAAGCAUAGGAAACAAUUAGACAUGAAUGAUUUUCACGUAGUUUAAACUGUCUCGGCAAUUUGUCCAUUUUGUGUAAACUUCAAGAAACUAUUUUAGUACUAAUAAUGCAGAUGGGCUUGUACCUAGAGGUGCAACUAUUCAGAAUAUGGAAACCAAACAACAGCAUCUAGAACCUUGUCAGAUACUAACUGCGGUGCCUGAGUUGCCUCAAAACCAUUACUGAAUUACACGGUAAUUCUUCAGCGUCUUUCCUGGUUUCAGAUGAAAUUGUAGGUGGUAUCGUGUAGUAGAGCCAUUGUAGUCACUUUUGAAAGUUGUGUUUGUUCUUUUGUAGAAUGGAUAUUUAAGAUUUGUCUUGUAACACACUGUACAGAUGAUAAAAAAAAAAAAAAAUGCCCUGUAUUUCUCAUUUAAGUGAUCCGUGUGGGCUCUUUUGACAGAGAAAAAGGGAUUUGGGCCCCGGACAGCCUUUCCCUUGGCACGGCCAUCACACAGCUGCCUAAGCAUGACCCGAUGACAUGUCUGCGUGCAAGAUCCAGCGCACCUCAGUGCAGUAGGCGCUAAUUCCCACGCAAUGUUGCAAAUAAGCCAAAACGGCCAGAAAUGGCAUUUCCUUACCUGUGUAAGGGUGAAAGCCUUUAAUGUAUUUCUCUACAAAUAUACCAGUUCACACUGCUUAUAGUAUUAGGCAUCUUACUGCAUGUUCGAGUAGUCGUUAGAUUCAUAUAGUAUUUUUUCAAAUGAGGAAAUAAAUGUUUGAAUCGCAAGAACUAUCGUAAUUAAGCAAGGCUUCUUUUUUUUCUAAGGUUUAAGAACUUUUUUUUCCAUUGUUACUGCCAUAUCAUGAAGCUAUUGCAGGAAUUGCAAAUCUAUUAGGGUGUCUCGUAUUGGUGAAUUUACCACGUGCAAUAUUAACCUGUCUGUUCUCCCAGUGCUCAUGAGAGAGACUGCAUUUCUUGGCCACGUUCUGCAAAAAUACAAAUCAUUGCAAGUGCCCUGAAGGAUAAGAAAGGGGUUUAAAAAUUGCGUGGGUAAUUUAAAAGGCGUUUUGGGCCACGUAAAGUACUUAUUCCCCAAAAGCAUCAAAAAACCGUGAGGAAGAUAAUUUGUCUUAGUUAGAUCUUGGAUCCCUAGAGUUAGAGGAUGGUUCCAAUAGCUCUGCACACAGGCAUUUUGAUUUUCUGUGCUUUAUGAAGACAGA